AUGAGCUUCACUCCACCUCUACCUCCAGUGUUUGCUGGUGAAAACUACCACAUUUGGGUAGUCAAGAUGAAGACAUAUCUUCAAGCUCAAGACUUGUGGAGUGUAGUUGAGAAUGACAUCGAACCACCUCCAUUGAGGGCCAAUCCCACGAUUGCUCAAAUGAGGCAGCAUGCUGAGGAGAGCACCAAGAAGCACAAAGCCUUGGCCUGCUUGCAAAAUGGAGUGAAAGAUGUAAUCUUCACUCGAAUCAUGGCCUGCAGCACACCUAAGGAAGAAUGGGAAAGGUUGAAGGAGGAGUUCAUGGGGUCAGAUAAAGCUAGGCAGAAACAAGUGAUUAACUUGAGGAGAGACUUUGAAAACUUAAAGAUGAAAGAGUCUGAGAGCAUUAAGCAAUAUUUUGACAGGAUCAUGGCCACUGCCAAUAGCAUAAGGUUACUUGGUGAAGAUUUCAAUGAUAGCAGGGUUGUUGAAAAGGUUAUCACCACACUUCCUGAGAGAUUUGAGUCCAAAAUCUCAUCACUUGAAGACUCAAGGGACUUGUCAACCAUUUCUUUAUCUGAAUUGGUGAACUCCCUUUAUGCAUUGGAGCAGAGAAGGGCUAGCAGGCAGGAAGACCAUCCUGAAGGAGCCUUCCAAGCAAAGGCCAAAGAGAGCUCCAGCGCAAGUCAAAAAGGAAAGAAGCCUUGGCUUGAAAAGAGGGACAAAACUAAAAAGGAUUCAGGCAAGAGGAAGUUUCCACCAUGUGUCCACUGCAAGAAGACUACACAUUCUAAAAAAUUUUGCUGGUUUAGGCCAGACAUUCAAUGUAGGAGCUGCAAGCAAUUUGGCCAUGUUGAGAAAGUUUGUAAAAACAAACCAAAGGCACCAGCACAGCAGCAGAUUCAAGCUCAAGCUACUGAGGACCUUCAAGCUUAG